UAUUAUGAAUAUGUGUGUUCGGUGCAUCACACCAAGAAAGUGUUUAGAAAAGACAAAACAAGUGGAAAGUGGCCAUUGAUUGAAAAGCAUCACUUCCAAUUUUAGCUAACUUUUUCUCUUUUCACAACCAAAUUUCAGCUUCAUAUACAUAUAUGAAGAAGUGGCCAUUGUUGCUGAAUCUGUUGUUCACUACAUACUUCUUUUGCUUCUUCAAUCAUGUCUUUCUCUUCUUGCUAUUCUCAUUCACCAUUACCAUUUAAUAAGGAUAUAAAACUCUGUAGGACAGUUGGGCAAGUGAAGCUGAAUUUUCCUUUCUCUAUCACGAGUAAUGGUGUUACCGAACACAUUUCGAGAAGUAGAUUCAGUUUAAGUGGAGAUUGGAGUUUCAUAGGAGGGUCCAGAAUUGCUGUAAAACCAAAAGCUACAAGAUCGGUUCGCCAUCCAAAAAGAAGUCAAAUACAUGCUUCAUGGUUCAUGGGAUCUCAACUUGCUAGCACUGUAUUUACAUGGGGAACAGUCGCAGUGCUCCCGUUUUACACACUUAUGGUUCUAGCUCCAAAAUCCGAGCUGACCAGAAAGUCUAUGGAAAGUAGUUUACCAUAUGUAGUGCUCGGCGUUCUAUACGCUUAUUUGCUGUGCCUUUCUUGGACACCUGAAACAGUUCGAUUGAUUUUCGCAAGUAAAUACUUACUACCUGAGCUUUCUAGCAUAGGAAAAAUGUUCUCUAGUGAGUUGACUUUAGCCUCUGCUUGGAUUCACCUUUUGGUUGUUGAUCUUUUUGCUGCAAGGCAUAUUUUUCGUGAUGGACUGAAGAAUCAAAUUGAAACUCGGCAUUCAGUUUCCUUUUGCUUGUUCUUUUGUCCUAUUGGGAUCCUUACUCAUGUCAUCACCAAAGCAAUGACCAAAACUACAAGAAAAGAUGGUCAUGGUUUAUAGAUGGCACCGAAACAUGUAUUUUGUUUGAUGAAUUUAGGAAGACGAGUCAUGUUUCAGUUGAAGUUACUUGUAAUUUCAUUGGUACAUUUUUUGGUCUUCAAUCAAAAUAUUAGUUGUUUGUUCUAUCAAAAGUGUAUCUAUUAGCAAGGUUGAUAGUGUAAUACCAAUAUUAGAAAACGUAUAGACAAAAUAUUUCUAAUCAAACAAAGCUAGCUUCCCAGUCUCUUUUGAUAUCA